AAGGGGCGGUACCGAUGUGUUACACACUGCAAACAAGAGCGAGCGGAGAACCGGAGGAUGGAGGAGCAGACGAACCGCAGCUGCACACGGAAGAAGACAUGAUGAUGUUUUAGCAGCAGUGCGGGGUCGGUGAGGCUGAACUUGUCGUUUUGACCACUUUUGGUCUUCAAAUAGUAAGAUGGCGCCGUCUGGUUCGCGCAGCGAUGAUUGCUGGAGAGUUUUAUACUGGGUUCCUGUGCUGUUCAUCAGUCUGAUCGUGGCAUGGUCCUACUACGCUUAUGUAGUUCAGCUCUGCAUAGAAACUAUAGAAAACAUGGGAGAGAAAAUAGUUUACCUCUUGGUAUAUCAUAUUCUUUUCAUCAUGUUCGUGUGGUCAUACUGGCAAACUAUCUUCACAAAACCCAUGAACCCGCUCAAAGAGUUCCACCUGUCACAUUCUGACAAAGAACUAUUAGAUCGUGAAGAUCGAAGAGAAUCUCAACAGGAGAUCUUGAGGAGAAUUGCUAAGGAUUUGCCCAUUUAUACACGCACAAUGUCAGGAGCUAUCCGCUACUGUGAACGCUGUCUGCUGCUGAAGCCUGAUCGAUGCCAUCAUUGCUCUGCCUGUGAUAUGUGCAUUUUAAAGAUGGAUCACCAUUGUCCGUGGGUAAACAAUUGCGUGGGCUUCGCCAACUACAAGUUUUUCAUGCUCUUCCUAGCAUAUUCUUUGUUGUAUUGCCUCUUCGUCACUGCCACAGACUUGCUGUAUUUCAUUCAGUUCUGGACUAAUGGUCUGCCUGAUACCCAAGCCAAGUUUCACAUCAUGUUCCUGUUUUUCGCUGCCUCCACGUUCUCAGUGAGCCUAGCGUUUUUGUUUGCUUAUCACUGCUGGCUUGUCUGCAAGAACAGAUCCACAUUGGAGGCUUUUAGAGCUCCUGAGUUCCAGCAUGGACCAGACAAGAACGGCUUCAGUUUAGGGACAAGCAAGAACUUUCGCCAAGUGUUUGGGGAUGAAAAGAAAUACUGGCUACUGCCUGUUUUUUCAAGUCUGGGCGACGGCUGUUCAUUCCCUACAUGUCUAGUGAACCCAGACCCAGAACAACCCUCCUUGCCCCCUGGAUGCAACCCUUCCAUCAAAAGUGCUGAAGAAUCCCAUCAGUUUCCACCUAAACCUCUGAGAGAGUCUCAGAGCCGACUGCUGAAUAACGGACAGUCAGAGGGAAGUGAAGACAGAGACAAGCAAGGUACUAGCAACCCAGCCUUGACUAUUGAGAAGGAAACUUAGGAAACAGGAGUUUUGUACUAGUGAUGUUUAUUGUCAGUGGAACAGUGAGGACGUCUCUGCUGCUUUUGCAGACUUGCACUGCCCUUCCACUCUCUACCUAAUGAAUUGCGAUCCUUCACAAGCGCUAAUAGUGCAGGAUUUAUGGAGUGUACAUUCAUAAAGGGCCACGGUCUCUUCUCUUCUUUGGAAACCAUAUGACUGAGAUGUCUUCAUGUGCCUAAAGGUGUCCACAGAUGUGGCUGAACUUGGUAACAUCACCGUGAUUCCUGGACCCACGUUUUAAAAAGUGUAGAAGUUUGUGCGGAAAAUGCCUUGAAUAUAGCUUGUGUGGUGUAAGCGUUGCUAAAGAAGGUGACAUUUUUUGUUAGCCUGGGAAACGUGAAGUAUUUAUGCAUGCUGUGUGCUGUUGUCAUUGUUGAAAUGUGAAAACUGAAAGCCCACUACAUUACAAUAAUAUUUAUAACCCUGUUUUUGAUCCUGCAUUGUUAAAAUUAUUUUGUUCAUUAAUAUACAGAUGCAUCUGCAAAUCAUGUUUGUGAUCUGUUUUAUUUGACAAAGUGUCUUGUCCAUCACCCUUAAGUCUGGAUCCCAGCUGUCCUGAGUUUUCCAUACACAUGCAAAAAGACUGAUGUAGCAAAAUAUUUUAGGCCAUUUUUAGCACUGCAUAUCCAGACAAAACACUGUUUAUUCAAGUUUUUACCUGACAAGCAGAGGGAAGACAAGAAUACUCUACAUGCACUUUGAACAGCGCUUAAAGCUGCACAUUAUUUCAUUUUUAAAUUGUCGUCGUCUUGAUGGUUCUGUCGAAUCAAGUAUGCAAUUAAGUAUGUUAUGAUACUGCAGCUGCAGUGAGCGUUUCACUAUAAGUCAGUAUAUUGAUUAUUUUUUAUCAUACUUUGCAUAAUCCUGUUUGCACAAUUAAUGCAAAACUCAAAGAUGUGGUUUUGUAUCGCAUCUGAUUUAUCUAAGGGCUCUUUUAAUGUACCUACUAACAUAUUUCUAUCUGAAUUUGAUUCCACAGUUAUUGCAUGUUAAUGUAUGUGUACUUGAUUUUGACUGAGGUGUGAACAAAACCUCAGAUAUGCCAAGAGCUGUGGUGUGUUGUAUGUUUUGUAGCUUUUAUGGAAAUGUCGUAUAGGAUUUCUGUUAUUUUGUGAUUAGGUUCACACACCACAUUAACAAUAAACUGUGAUACAAGAUUUCUACUGGUUCUUGCUUUGCGUAUGUAGACGAGCUGACUGUUGUUGCUGCUUUUGUUCUCUUAGAGAGUAUGUGAAAUUUUGCUGGCUCUAGCGCAAUGUUUUCAUAUAUAGUCAGACUCUGUAUGACAAUGCCAUUGAACGAUAUGCCUUGAUGAAUGUUACUGUAAGAGAAAUAAAGUGAUAUUUUAUUAAGUG